AUGUCCAAGACCGGUAUGGAAUUACAGAAGCUUUUUCUCGACUUGCUAACGUGGACGCAACAAUGUUCACAUCCAAUCGAUGUCCGUCAAAUAUCAGAAAUGAUGGAUAAAUGUGUUGAAAACGGUCUGCGUCGACUGAAAGAUAAAUUCAUUUAUAAAAAGACCAUGUUACAGCACAAUUAUGAUGACCAGCAAGCCAUUACAAAAUUUUAUUCGUUAAAUCCUAGUAAAGAGCAAAUUCAUCUAGCGAAAAAAAUAUGCCACUCGGCAGCUGCUGAGUUCAAAGUGAAAGAACGGCAAGAGAUCCUAUGA